UGAUGGUACAUGAGAGACCCAUGUGAUCUAGUGAGAAAUAGUCAAUUUCACCUCAAUUUUUUUUAUAUUUUUUUAUAAAUGGAGAGCAUUUGAAUUAUAUUUGAAAGUUUCAAAUUUUACAUAAUUCACAGUAACUGCAAGUACAACUCCAUGGAAUCCCAACCUCCGGCAACCGGCACCACCGCUAGAAAUCCUGCCGAACCCGCACAUUCUCAGCCCCAACAACCGCCACCCUCUCUCCCCGCAUCUUCCUCCUCAACCCCUCCCAUCUCAGCACCCUCCCAUCCUCCCCCAAUUCCUAACCCUAACCUAAUCCAAACUCCAAACCCCAAACCCCCCACUCCAGUCCUCCCCCAAUCUCGUCCUCCCCCUUCAUUCAGCAGAAACCCUCCGCCUCCACAGUCCCAUUUCUCCCACUUCCCGUCAAUCCCACCUGCCACUCCUCAACCAGCCUCAUCUUCAAUUUCCUCCGCUUCCGCGCCACGAGGCGGAAUGGCAAUCGGUGUACCCGCGCACCACCAGAACCCUUCCCCUCCGUUUUCUUCUUCCUUUGGACAACACUUCGGCGGAUUAGGUCGGUCGGAUUCUACCUCGAAUUCUAAUACCGCUCAGGUGAGAACGCCAAUGCAAGGAAUGGGGAUGCUAGGAUCUUUAGGUUCGGGUUCUCAAUUAAGGCCAGGUGGAAUGCCUUCACAUCAGCUGAGACCGGUUCAGUCGUCUCUUAGACCGCAACCCCCUGCACAAAGUAAUCAACCUGCUGGUUCACAAAGCUUCCAAGGUCAUGGUGGGCUUAUGAGACCGUCAUCUGCGGGAUCACCUGCAAAUCCAUCUCCAAGUGCAUCACAAAAUAUGCAGUCAAUUAAUCAGCCAUGGUUGUCAUCUGGGCCGCCAGGGAAGCCUCCUUUGCCAUCUCAGGCUUAUAGGCAGCAAUUGAACCCACAAUCCUUGCAGCAAAGGACACAUAUUUCUCAGCCGCAGCAGCAGCAACAGUCCAUGCCAACAACUUCACAGCAGCCGCAAUCUUUGCCUCCUAAUCAAGCCCAGGAGCAUUUUGGGCAACAAGUUCCGUCUUCAAGAGCUCUACAUGUGCCUCACCAGCCACAGGUUACGAGGCUACAAGGGCCAGGAAAUCAGAAACCUUCAUCACUUGUAGCUGCACAAACUAAUGCAGUUCAACCAGGGAGUCAAAGCAGAUUACCAAAUGCUUUACCAAAUGCAGAUCCAGAAGAGUUGGGUAAGAGUGUUCUCGGAAAAAGAAGCAUCCAUGAGCUAGUCAAUCAGGUUGAUCCAUUAGAAAAGUUAGAUCCUGAAGUUGCAGACGUUCUUGGUGAUAUUGCAGAAAAUUUUCUGGAGUCUAUAAUUAGGUCUGGUUGCUCACUAGCGAAGCAUCGGAAAUCAACAACUUUGGAAGCCAAGGACGUACUUUUACAUCUCGAGAAAAAUUGGAACAUUACACUUCCUGGAUUUGGUGGUGAUGAGAUUAAAAACUACAGAAAACCACUUUCAACUGAUAUUCACAAGGAGUGCAUAGCGGCUAUAAAGAAAUCAAUGGUAGCAACUGAGGCUGCACAUCCUAGAGGCUCUGCUGGUCAGGCUUCUGGUAGUGCAAAGGGUAGUCAGGCAAAGACACCUUUCAGUGUCAUUGGUUCUCCCAACCUUAAAAAUUCAUAAGAUGGCUGUGUUUGCGCUCUAUACUGCAUCGGUGAAGGCAGUCCCGUUUUCGAUUGUAUCAGCCACAUGAAUUACUGGUGACUUUGUGCAUGUGUUGUUUUUAGGGCCACCUGGGUUUUUUCUGGCUAUUUUCUGAGCAUUCCAUGUAGCAGAAAUGAGAAAUUGUCUGAAAUUUUUGAAGCAUUGCAGAAAACAAGAUAAAGGGAAGCGACAUUACAAUGAAAAGGAAAAGGAAAAAUCUUUGGCUUCUCAAGGCUUCACAUUUUUUGGGAUUUGGUUAGUGUACGAGAGUCAUUGAUCUAGCAAGCUAGGUCAUUUUGUGAUUUUCUAAUUUAGAUGCAUCCAAUAUCCUAAAAUUUAUAUAUACAAAUACAUUCACUGUAAAUUAAGUAGAGUUACACUCUCUUCAUCUUUCUUUCUCCCUUAAAAAUCUCACUCUCUUUAUACAGAUUUGAAGUCUAUCAGUUAUCGAUUCCUACUAAUAUGAAGUCAAAAAAACAUGUUCCAAUUCUAACAAAGUCAUCAUCAUAGAAUUUAAGCACUUGUUAUAAACACUUGUUAUAGCGAGGGGUCACAAAAUUGAUUGGAAGAUAUCAUUAUUGCCAAAGUGACCUUAACCAUUUAAACACAACAAUUUCAUUAUCUGUGUCAUGAGAUUACACAAACACCCAUAAUCCUAAUUAGAGUACUAAUAAACUUUUGAC